AUCCCUUUCCUACUUACCUUUUUAUCUAACUAACUAGCGUAGCGAAAGGGAGGUAACGGUAGUUUUGUUAUUCAUUAAUAUUCCAGCUUUUGGUAAUGAUGUCGACGACAGGACCAGGUUGCUUGAUAACGACGGUUCCGCCGGCGUACCAGAGAUACUACUUGCUUCCGUUAGUUUACGUCGGUUUUUUAAGGCAUUAUUUAAUCUUUAUUAAUAUCUCAAUCAUUGAGUCAAUGUCUGUAAUUACUGACGACAGUCAGUUUUGUCGGUUAUUGUAAUUGCUUGUAUAGAUUCGUAUAAAUAAUGAUAUGUGUGGGGCGCCGCGUUAGCUUGCGCUGCAGUCAUCAUGAUGAUGCCGCUCUGAUCGCGGACCUGCUGCUGCUCUUCCGGAUCUUUCCAGAGACAGAACCGCUGUUGUUAAAGGGCCCAGUCGUGUUGGUGGUGUUCCCGAGCAGAGCGAUGGCUUCCCAGAACAUGGACCCGGCGGCAGCGGCGGCCUCCACCACGGCGGCUCUGAAGGGCGGCGAGGCCGGCGGCAGUGCGGCCCGGGGCUCCGUCUCAAAACGACUUCAGCAAGAGUUGAUGACACUAAUGAUGUCUGGAGACAAGGGAAUUUCCGCUUUCCCAGAGUCGGACAAUCUCUUUAAGUGGAUUGGGACGAUUGACGGGGCACAAGGAACGGUAUACGAAGGCUUGCGGUACAAGUUGUCUUUAGAAUUUCCCAGCGGUUACCCCUACAAAGCACCACGAGUAAAGUUCAUCACGCCAUGUUACCACCCCAAUGUAGAUGAGCAAGGCUUCAUCUGUCUGGAUAUCCUGAAAGAGAAGUGGUCAGCCUUGUACGAUGUUAGGUCUAUUCUGCUCUCUAUCCAGAGCCUGCUCGGAGAACCCAAUAAUGAAAGUCCAAUGAAUGCUGGUGCAGCAGAACUGUGGGAAAACCAGGAGGGUAGGGUUUUGUUUUCCAUGCUAAAUAUCAACUUUGUUUUUAUGGGAUUUGAUUGAAAUCGAUUGACUUGCUUCUCCUUUCUCAGCUUUCAGAGCCCACUUGCAUGCAACAUACAAGAGUUAAUCGGAGGAGUUUGUCAACCAGCCUUUUGUUUGUCUUAUUUGAGUGUUUUUUCUUAUUUUGUAAAUGUCCAUUGUAUGUACAGUUUUUGAAUUUGUUGUAUGAAACUUGAAUAAAGCUUGUUUCUUGUAAACUCA